ACAUCGAUAUUUUCGAUAUUUAAUCGAUAUUUUUCUACACUACAGCAUAUUGUCGAACACUUGGAAAUCUAUGAACUGCAUCUUUUGGGAAGACUGAAUGAAAGUGGAGACGCAGGUGGUAUUGGAGAUACUGUGGAUACCACAACACAAACAAUUUUGAAAGACAAUAUUCCCAGCAGUCCUACUCCACCUAUGUAUAAAUGCUUGAAAUUUUCGCGUGCAACAAACGCGUGCAAGUCGUUGGAAAUUGUUUGACUUCUAUCUCCCCACUCUCACAUUCUACGGGCAUCCCAAAGCAUCUCAAAAGAAAUCUAAAAAAUGCAGGCUUUUUGGAAUAAAAAUUCCCGGUAUCGUCGAGUUCCAAGUGAUAUGGAAAAUGUCGAUAAACAGGAUUACAAAGAUCAUAGCACAUCUCGAACUGUUUCGUCAAUUACGAACAAAUGUAGUAGACGGUAUCGAAAUGUAACAUUAUUUAUUUUUGUGGUUACCAUUGUCUCUAUCCUUUUUUUCUUACUGUUUCGUGGCAAUAGAGAAAAUCUCGAAAACUACACCAAUAUGGUAAAAAAUUAUACUUCUAAGGCAAUGAAUCUUGAAGCACAAACACUAGCAGUUGCCAAAUCAGAAGUAAAAAUGGCUUUGGAGAAAUAUUUGAAUUCUAUCGAUCCACAUGAAAUUUACCCGGAUGAUGUGAAUAUGAUUAAGCCGCAUCAUAUUCGAGUUAUUGGAGCAAUGGGAGAUUCUUUGACAAUUGGGUCUCGCGCAGAAAAUAUUGUUGGGCAGAGACAACGUUACCCUGGAAACGCGUUUUUUACUGGAAUGGAUUUUGAAGUCGAUAGGCAUUUGACUGUUUAUAACAUUUUUCGUAUAAUUGCGGAGAAAACUGGAAAUAAACUGUUUGGUGGAAGUACUGGAAUCGAUUACGGAGAGAAUACAGGAUUGAAUGUUGCGAUUGGUGGAAUGAAAAGUGAUGAUAUUUUAAGACAAGCAAAGGAACUCGUUAGCAGAAUUAAAGCUAACAAAGAGAUUAACAUUGAAAAUGACUGGAAACUUGUGUCACUCUGGAUAGGAACAAAUGAUGUCGGGACACUUGGUUACCGUCUAGAAGAUCCAAUUCCAGUUGAUGAGUACAAAUCACAUAUUGAAAAAGGACUUUUGUAUUUGAAAGAGAAUCUUCCAAGAACUAUUGUCAGUAUAGUUGGUAUGUUUCCAGCUCAACUUCUUCAGGAAGCACAGUCAAUUUUGAAAAAUGGAAAACGAGCAAGAACCGUCGAAAACCAGAAAAAAUUGGAUGAUUUGUCUGAUGGGUACAGAAAUGUAUCUUACGAUUUUCAAAAUAACGAACAUUUUAAUUCCAAUGAUUUUACUGUAGUCGUGCAACCAUUUGCAACAGAAUACACGGAUUCUUAUCGAGAUGAGCAUGGAAAGUACAACCCGACAUUUUAUGCUUCAGAUCUAUUUCAUUUGAGCAAAUUUGGACAUGCUGUACUCGCGAAACACUACUGGCUGAAUCUAUUUGAACCAGUUGGAGAAAAGACAAAACGAGCAGAUUUAGGAGAUACGAAACCAAAAAUAUACGAACUAAAUGAGAAGAACUGUCUUAUCAAAACAGUCGGAAAUAGCAAGAUGUGAUUGUAUUUCAGAUUUACUUAUUUUGAAUUUCGGGUUUUUUUAACCUUCAUUUCCGCAACACAAUAAAACAUUAUAUUUUACGUCAUGAAGGAGUCGGAAAGUUUAUGAAAUCACGACGUCACAAAAUAAAGGAAUAUUGAAAAUUCAAGAUAAUAUCGUCAAAUUGAUUUGUGAUAAAGUUAAUUAUUUGAAA